AUGGGAAGAUUUGUCGCUGAUAGUUUCCGCCAUCCCCUGGAGACCGCUAGCAGCGUUGGACCUACACUUAGUGAGCUUACGCUUGGCUUCGUUGGCGAAUCCUUCGUGCCGGAGAGGGACAUUCGCGACCUUACGGGCCAGGUGGUGUUUGUCACCGGCGGUAAUGCCGGUCUGGGUAAGGAAACGAUCUUGCAAUUAGCGCGCCAUCGUCCAGCUUGCAUCUACCUGGGUGCGCGGAACGAGGACAAGGCCCGCGAUGCUAUCGCCGACAUCCAAGCGCAGCUGUCAAGCCCUGUCGAGAUCAAAUACGUCCCACUGGACCUUGCUUCAUUCAAAUCCAUCCAUGCUGCUGCGGAAAGAUUCACCGCAGAAUGCCAUCGCCUGGACCUCCUCAUCUUGAACGCCGGGAUAAUGGCGCAUGAUGCUGUCACCACGGAAGACGGCUUUGAGAUUCAAUUCGGAACGAACCAUGUUGGACAUUUCCUCCUCACCCAGCUUCUCUUGCCAACUUUGCUACGGACCGUAAAGGAUGUAGGCCCUGCAGCCGAUGUCAGGGUAAUUACCUUGAGUUCCGUAGCCCACAAGGCCGCACCGGGGUUUGAUGUUAUGACCUCGACACCUGCGCUCCUGGGUAGCAACACUUGGCUUCGUUACGGUGCCUCCAAGGCCGCUAACAUCCUCUUCGCGGCAGAGCUCGCGAGACGAUAUCCCGAGAUUACAUCUGUCUCCGUGCAUCCCGGAGCCGUUGCGAGCAACUUGUACGAGACAGCCAAGGCUUCAAAUUCCGUGCAGCACUAUGCCAUUGCCACCUUUAGCGGCCUCGCCAUGCGCAGCGUCCGUACGGGAGCCUUUAACCAGCUGUGGGCGGCGGGCGUUUCGCGGGAGUCGUUGAUCAAUGGUGCGUACUAUACCCCAGUGGGAAUCGUCCAGAAACACAACCGCUAUGCGACCGAUGCGGAGCUGGGGAAGAGGUUGUGGGCGUGGACAGAUGAGGCGAUUGGGAAGGCGUCCAAGUCGUAG